UCGAAUCUCAAACAUAUAAUUAUAUUAUAAAUUUUAUGAUAUAAACGAAAAUUGAAAUGAUUUAUAAAUAAACAUUUCAAAAAAUAUUAUAAAAAAAUAUUUUACUAAAUAAUAAAGUAUAUUUUUGCAAGUAGUAAAUUGUCUAAUACUUUGAUUUAUUUAAAUAAAUAAUUUAUUGAAAAAAUACAUUAUAUUGCAAAAGAUGGAUCUUCCACGCAUUUUGAUCAUAAGCACGGUAUGUGGUAAAGCUACUGAUAUUGCUAACAAAAUAGGAGGGAAAAAUAUAUCCAAUGAAGACGAUAUCGAAUACUAUCUUUGGGAUAUCGACAAUAAGUAUUACACAUCGCAGAUAUUAUUAUGUGCGACAGAAAAUCCAUGUAUCAACAUACCAAUAGAAGGAAUUGAAGCAUUACUUGUACAUCAUGAUCCAUUAGCUGAUAAUGCAGAACGAAAUUUAGAUCAAUGGUCAUCCUUAAUCUCUUCCCUUUCUAAAGCUGAUGUAUUAUUAUUAACGUGUAAUGUAAUAUCUAAUAUGGAUAUUAAAGACAAAGUAAUUGCAUGGUGUAUAAAUAAAAAAUUUGAAUUAGUUGAACUACAACAAAAUUCCGUAGAAAAAUUAGAAUGUGAUUCAGAACAUAAUACAUAUGGAAUUGAAAGAAUAAUUGAAGCUUUACACGCACAUACAUGGCCAAAUAUUGUUUUAAAAGGAAAAUCUUCUAAUAUUGAAGAAACAGAACCAGAUAUAAGCCAAGUAGAAAAAAAAUUAGAAAAUAUUCAAUUGACACGGAAUUCAUCUGAACACCUUGAUAUGGAAAGUGUUCUUGAUGGUCUUAUGGGUGGUGAAGAUGCAGAUUUUGGUGAAUUAUUUAGUCAAUUAAUGGCCAUGAAGGAACAUGCAGCUUCUUUGCCUACAAAUGAAAGACGUAUAGCAGCAGAACAAUUAGUUACUGCUUUUUGGAAAGCAAUGGGUGGAGAUCCAUCAGAAAUAGACGACUGAAUUAUUUAUUAUAGUUUAAAUUAUAUAAAUUAACACGUUCCGUGCUAAGCCAUUUUUGCCUGACUUGUCGUUCAGGCCAUUUGAUAUUUUGACUAAAAAAAAAAUGAUUGCGUGUACCACUGGUGGUACACGUGGCCUGAAGAUCAAUUUUAACGUGUACCAUCGGUGGUACACAUAGCACGGAACGUGUUAAGUAAUAAUUAAUAUAUGAGAUCAAUAUAUGCAUUUUAAAGUUUCUUAAUAAAAGAAAAUCUAAAAAAAUAAUUGAUGUAAUAUGAUAAAGAACACAUUUCGUAAUAUACAAUUUUCUAUUUACUAA